AUGACCGUUAUUCUCAAGACUCUAGCCACCGCCGCCGCCCUGGCCACCCUGGCCUGCGCUGCUCCCGCUCCCUUGGAGCCCCGCGUCGCGUGUGCUUCAGGCCUGUACAUGAUCGUCGCUCGCGGAUCCAACGAGCCCGCCGGCGAAGGCCGCAUUGCUGCCGUCACUUCAGCCGUGAAGCAGCAAGUCCCUGGCUCCAGCAGCGUGGCGGUGGACUACCCUGCGUCCAUCCUCGGCGGCACGUUGUACCCGGAGUCGGUGGUCAAGGGCAUCAACGACGCCAAGAAGAAGGUCCAGGACUAUGUUGCCGCGUGUGGAGCUAAUAGCCACAUUGUCCUGCUGGGAUACAGCCAGGGCGGCAAUGUCAUGUCGGAUAUGCUGGCUGGUGGUGUGUUGAAGCCGGCUCCCCUGGACACGAGCUACCACAAGUACAUCAAAUCGGUCGUCACCUUUGCUGACCCGACCUUUGUCGCCAACAAGACAUACGACUACGGCAGCAAUGCCCACGGCAAGAACGGCAUCUUUUCGCGCUCCGGUAACUCCGGGGAGAUGGCUCUGCUGGAUGCGUACUCGAGCAUCAUGGCUACCUACUGCGAUGUCCAUGAUGCCGUCUGCGCGAGCGGCGAUUCUACCGCCGUGCAUGGCGUCGAGGUUGAGAACCACACGCAAGAGGCCAUCAACUUUAUCGUGGCUCACAAGUAA